AUGGAUACUCUCUCUCAGCCCGGGCUCCUCAGUGUCAUUGCAGGAGUUGCCUGCGGCGUGUGCCUGGGAUGGGGCAUUCGGGGGAGGUUCCUCCGGCAGCCCCUACUGGGGGCGAGUGCACCCGCCAGCAGCCUGGGGAGCGAAGCCAUGGGCGAGUCUGGGGAGUUCAAGAUGGUGCUGAUUGUCCGUAAUGAUUUGAAGAUGGGGAAGGGUAAAGUAGCAGCACAGUGUUCCCAUGCUGCUGUUUCUGCCUACAAGCAAGUUCAAAGAAGAAACCCUGAGCUCUUGAAACAGUGGGAAUACUGCGGACAACCAAAAGUGGUCCUCAAAGCUCCGGAUGAGGAGACACUGAUCCAGCUCCUAGCUGAUGCAAAACACCUUGGACUGACCGUGAGCUUAAUCCAAGAUGCAGGUCGUACUCAGAUAGCUCCAGGCUCCCAGACAGUCCUUGGGAUUGGACCAGGACCAGCUGAUGUAGUAGAUAAAGUUUCUGGUCACCUAAAACUCUUCUGA